AUGGCCAUAUUGGGUCUGUCCCAGCCGGACGCCCCAGCCAUGGACAGAGCCCUGCUGCCACAGCAUGACGCCGGGGAAAGGGAGCUCCCGCCUCAGGAUCCCCUCUGGAGAGCAGGGGGUCCUGCCAUGCUGAGGGUCCUGAUCCUCGCCCUGCUCUGGAGGGGGUCCCUGUCCCAGCCACCUGGAUUUACCCUGGUGGUGCCGCAGUCGGUGUCCGUGCAGGAGGGUCUCUGUGUUUUCAUCUCCUGCAACUUCACGUACCCAGCCUCGUAUGACACCGACAAUCCCUCGGCCCAGCUAGACGUACAAUGGUACAAGGAGCCUGCUACUGUGGGCCAGGAUCCUCCUGUGGCCAGCAGUCUCCCCAGCGGGGGGGUGUCGCAGGAGACCCAGGGCCGGUUCCGGCUGACGGGGGAUCCAGCGCUCGGCGACUGCUCCCUGCAAAUCAGUGAUGCCCGACAGACGGAUGCAGGGAGAUAUUUCUUUUACAUCGAGAAAGGCAUGUUAGAUCACACUUACCGCUCCAAUUCCGAUGGCACUGCCCCUGCGCUCACGAUCUCUGUGCCAGAGCUGACGGAGGAGCCAGAGAUCCAGAUCUCGCCGGCGUGGGGGCUGCCAGGGAUGCUGUUGGCCGGGGAGCCGGUUACUGUGACCUGCACGGCCCCCGGGCGCUGCUCCGGGUCCCCUCCCCAAGUCACCUGGACGAGGCCAUUCAGCGACAGAGCCUGGAACGUCUCAGCCCAGCUGGCGAACGGCACCUGGGCCCACAGCUCCGAGCUCUGCUUCACACCCACCCUGUUGGACAAUGGCAAGGAGCUUGUCUGUACCGUCACCUACAGCUCAGCACAGGGACCUUCCACCCGCAGAACCGUCCAGCUCCACAUCGGCUGUGAGUGACCCCCCCCCAGCCCCUCCACGUCGGCCCAAGCUCCCUAUGCU